UCCAACCGACGCCUAGCCAGCCGUCAGAAUUCAGAAAUGCGUCUGUCUGCCUCAGGUAAUGGAAGACGAGGGUCAAAUCACGUUUACUCUAACAAUUUUACACAGAGUUCUCGCGACUGUCUUCAUAGACGGGAAGGAAACAUGGAGAAAACUAUUCACAGUUGGAAGUGUUGGAGAACUGAUUAACUCAGCCAAAACGGAGCUCUCUCAACAAGUAUCUAUUGAUCGAAUACUGAGAUUUGACACAGAUUUUCAAGAAUUUAUUGACAUCGAUGUUAAUUCAGAAGUGAAGGAGCUUGACAAAUUCCAAAUAUAUUAUACUGCUAGUAUCACACAGGAUCCAUUAGAUGGAAGAUUUCAUUCAACAGAAGUAAGCCGGACUGUCACCACAACUGGUCUGCUGACACUGCUCGAGGAAAAGGCCCCUACAAUCUUGAGAGAACAUGAAGACACAAAGACAUUGUCAAUUUCUUUGAGAAAGUUACUUGUUAAAGUGGCUGUGAGUGACCUUGUAGAAAAGCAUGGAUUCUAUCCAUCUGGUACAGAAAAGCUGGCACUGGCAAAGGAGAUUGUGUCACUGUUCCCCUCAUUAAGGAUUAAUGUCCCAUUUGGCGAAAAUGAAGGACAUGAGCAUUUUUUGAUGGGCCAUCACACAGUGGAUUUAUAG